AUGCUACGCUCGGCCGCGUUCCUGUUAGCUUUGGCUGGCACAAGACUUGUCCAAGCUGAUACAUUGUGUUCCCUACCACCGGUGACCUACACAAAGGCCAAGACCGCAUACCCAGCGUCGGCAUUCGCCAUCGAGGCGUUGGAGAAAUAUGGGAUAGCGACCUGGUACUCGGAUCGCAAAGAUAACGGAGACUAUGCCCAGACAGCUGCCAACCUGGUGUCCUCGUGCCCCGAAGACUCGCGAAUCAGUAUCGUCGUUUACGGCUUGCCCAACAAGGACUGCGCUGCCAAGGAAUCGGCGGUGGGUAGCACCGUGCAGUCCGCUUCGGACUACGUGACAUUCUUGAACACACUCACAUCGACCAUCGGCAACAGAAAGGUGUUGUAUAUUCUCGAGCCGGACGCCAUCGGACUGUUAGCAGACACCACCGGUUGUGGCAACAGUGCAGGGUACCUGGCCAACUUGCAGACUGCCAUCGGUCUACUGUCACAGAACGAGAACGCGGUGAUCUACCUGGAUGUAGGCUACUGGACUCUCGAGUACCCCGCAACCUCCACGGCCGUGAUCGACAUAGUGAAGCAACUUGUGACUGCUGGUUCGAAGGUGAAGGGUAUUUCGCUCAACACGUCCAACUACCAGUCAACCAGCAAGCUCUCGACACUGUGUAGCAACUUUCAGAGUGCAAUUGGCUCCACCGAUCUCCACUGUAUCUUCGAUACUUCUCGCAAUAGAAAUGGUGGACCUUCGAGUAACGAAUGGUGCAACGUGAAGAGUGCAGGAAUUGGAGCACUCCCCACCGAUCAGACGGGUAUCAGCAACGUCGAUUACUUCAUUUGGGCCAAACCGCCCGGAGACAGCGACGGCACGUGCGAUGGCCGUACACCUGAUUCAAUGCAAGGUCCUGGUGCUGGUGUUUUCUUUAACGAGCUGUUUCAGUCGCUCUGGAAUCAGGGCACUAUGGUCACUGAGAAGGGAUAUCCUGUCAUUGACGGCACGGUCCGCAGCUCCACAGGCUCAGCAUCUACAACCCAGACGCCACCGGCGAGCCAGAACCAGGAUCAUGAAGUCGCCUUUUACAACGCAACCGCUCCGUCGACUAACACAGCCUCAUCAAAGACUAGUGAUAGCACGCCUGCGUCAAACGCCGGUCAGACCAAUUAUUAUCAGUCGACUCAAACUAGCCUUGAGACGGCCGAACAAGGGUCGACCCCUGCACCGCCGUUGACUCCGAUUCCCGUAUCAAAGGCAGCAGAUAGCGAGCAGAUAUCGACGGAGAGCUCACGCACCUCCACGGUGGGGAUGGGAAUGAUCGUCUUGAUUGCAGUCGUUGCUGCCGCCGUGGUAGUGCUCGCCGCGAUCGUGGGCAUUCGUCGCCGACAGAAGAAGAUGGUCAACGCAGCUAAGACUCCGGAGCUGUCAGCACUUGCCCCAUUGCCGACGACGAUUGUGGACUUCCGUCCUCAUAGGAGAACACCUGCGAGAGACUCCAACAUCCUCUAGACAGUCUGCGUUUCAGCGGCAUAGUUCCUCUGCGAGUUGGCUUAACAAGAAAAUAAUGGACGUGUAGUGAAAGUUAACGACGUUGGUAGCCCCGUCAGUAGUUGAGUAAUAGACGCUCAUCAAAGACAGCGUGGACGGAUCCGCAGCAAGUCGGAAUACUUCAAUGUGGUCUCUUCUAGCUUCCGCA